AUGACGCGCUCAAUCAAUUCUUCGUCUAGCGCUGUUGAGUUUGAAGCACUUUUGGAAGCGAUGCGUUAUCGGGAAGAAUUAGACAAUACGCGACGCCACAAGCGGCGGCUAAUGAACGCGAAACGAAAAGUGGUCACGUGGCUGCUCAGAAGCCAGAAUGCUGAAGCCAUGGCGUUGUGGGCAUCACACUUCCCAGCGAUCAAUGAAGAUUCUCACAGGGAGUAA